AUGGAAAGGUCCUUCGCGGACGUUCGCAAGGAGCUCGACGAUUUGGGCUAUGGGGAAACUUUGACGCCCGACUGUUUGCCGCUGGUGAGGAGGCUGCUCGGCGAUUUGGUGAUAACCACCGAUAGUCUCAGGAAAUACAUGAAAAUAUCCCAGCAAGCUUUGGAGGAACGUGACAAUUUGAAAUUCGGAGCGGAGCCCUACAAGUGUGAUAAUGCCAAACUCAUUAAAGAAUGCAAUGAAUUACAUUUAGCUUUUAUACAGUUUAAGGAGCAACAUGAAAAAGUGCAAAGAGAUUUAAGAGCAAAAAUAGCGUCAUUGGAAACUCAAUUGACCGAUUGCGGUAUAGAAAAACAAAAAUUGAAAUUGCAGUUGCAAGAUUUCGUACAAAAAACUAAAGGAUCUUUUAAGAGAGUACAAGAAUCGAAGCCGAAAAGUGAUAUAAAUAGAAAAGUUAUGGCUACAGCAGACUCGAGAAUAACGAAACUCAACGACGAUAUUAAGAAUUUAAAAGACGAGCAAAUUCAACUUUUAAAAAACAACGAAUUCUUAUUAUUACAGUUGGAAAACAGAGACCAAGAGAUCAAAAGACUGACCGGUUUGCUGGAAGGUGGAAGACCAACUAGCGCAGUAAUCAACGAUUGCUGCUACAAAAACAUCGACAACAAACUCGGUUCUCUAGAAGACGAAAUAUCGAGUUUAAAAACGGAAAAAAACGCCAUACAAAACCAAUUGAAAGAGUCUCUAUCGAAGCAGCACGAGGCGAUGCGAAGGGCCCUUCGUUUAGCCGAAAGGAACAAAACGCUCGAAGAGGAAUUGAAAGAUAUAGAUAAAAUAGCUCUAUCUGUCGAAGCCGAUUGUAACAACACCGUAAAAUCUAACGUCGAAAAAGUUACAAGACUGCAAGAUAAAAUCAACGAAUCGCUCAUACAAAAACAGAACCUCGAAUUGGAGAUUCACAAGCUAAACAUCGACAAGACCGAACUGGUAUCGCAAUUGGAAUCCGUUAAAUUGGAAAAAAAGAAAUUGCGCGCUUUACUCGAUGCGGAAAACGACGAAAAGAAACGAUUGAACGAUCGAAUAAACAAUUUCACCAUCAUAGAGCGAGAUUUGAACAUGGAGAUCGAUCGAUUACUGAGGACUUCGGGCGAACAAAAACGCAAAAUCGUCGAAUUGGAAAGCGAAUUGCUCGCUAUCAAAGGUUCGGAUUCGAACAAAGCGCGCACCAGCGGGAAACUCCAGCACAAAAAAGGCUGCAGGAAAUCGUCGACGGAUAAAGACAAUUCGGCCACCAAAGAGCCGGUCAACAGAGACAAAUCGCCACCGUCUAAAGACAGAUCGAACAGGGCUAAAUCCGCCUCGUUGGGUACCGCCUACGAUCCCAAGGUGCAAUCGAAAUGUUGCUGCGAAGCCGGCGGUUGCGUCAAAUGGAUGACGGAUCUUUUGAAUAAGGAAAUCGAACACAGACAGGAGCAGGCCACCCAGCAGAUCGAGUCGUUGCGCAAAGAGAAGGAUUUCUACAUGAAAGAGUACCACAGGUUGUUGGAACGUCCCAAAUCCGCUCCCAACUCGCUAUCGGACAAAUCCUCGAAGCAACUCGACGAAUUGUUGAGCAGGAUUAAAGAUAAAGAUAAAAUCAUCGCCACGCUUCAGGAGGAAUUGAAGGUUUUGACAAGCGAAAAAUACUGUUUAACGUCGCGAUUGGAGGCUCAGAAUAGGGACAGUUCGAUCGAUUUCGAUGAAAUCUGCACGAGAACGACGUGUAAGAGACGCAACAGGGAAUUGGACGUGCACAAGGAGGAGGUGAAACAUUUGGAAAGGGAGAACGAUUCGUUGAAGAACAAAAUCCGGAAUUUGAGCGAAACGUCGCUGUUCAACGAGGAACGCAUGAAAAAAGCUUUCCAGGAAAUGGAAGAGCACAUCGGUAAGCUGGAAAACGAGCGAAGGGAUUUGGUGAUAUCCCAAGGUACCAAUCGAUCGAAUCUAUCUCAUCUCGAAGACGAAUGCAGGAUUUUAAGAGAGAAAUUACAAGCCGCACAGAAGGAGGCCAACAAUCAAAAGAUCAAUUACGAGCAAUUAAAGAUACUACACGAUCAAACUAAUCGGGCGUUGAGCGACGCCCAAUCGCAGGUGUUGCGGGCCGAAAGCGAAGUGCAAACGUUGCAGAGCAAAAUGGGCAAUAGUCACAGGGAGAUGUCGUGUCACGAAAGGGAAAUCGCCCGAUUGCAGGGCGACGUCGAUCUCAUGAAAUGCCAAUUGACCAAAAUCGAUCGAGAAAAAGACGAACUUUUGAACGUCGUGGACGAGAAAACCGAACGAAUCGAUCGAUUAGAAAACGACAUUCGCGAGAAAAAGAAACGCCUGGCGGAAUUGGAAAAGGAAACGAAGGAUUUGAACAGGAAAAUGAGAACCACGUCGGAGGAGCACUCCUCGUUCGAAGCGCAAUUGCGAUCCAGCAAGCAGGAAAUCGAUCUCCUCCAGCAGGAUUUGGAGAACGAAAGGCGAUGCAAAGAUGUAGCAGUACAAGAAAACAGACGUUUGCAAGAAGACAUCGCCAGCCUCACCAUCGACUGCAAAGACGCCAGAAAAGAACUCGAAAUAACCAAAAGACAAGUCGAAGAUCUCAAAAGGCAACUACAACAAUACGUGGCGGAAGUUAAACGAACCGAGGAUCUCAUAUCGCACAAAGAAUUCGAACGCGCUGAAUUAUUGGACCAAUUCAAGAGCCUAUCGCAGGAGAACAACCUCCUGGAAACCACCAAUCACACGCUGGAAAGCGAGGCGAGCCAGACUCGCGUUCAACUCAACGUCGCCCUCGAUCACGCCUCGGACCUGGAACGGAAAAUCCACGAUCUCGAAGCCGUCGCGAAGAGCUACGAACAACAGAUCAGCGAAUUGACGAGCCAAAUAGCCUGUCUGGAAAUCCGAAUGAAACAAGGCCACUCGACCGCCGAGCAAUAUAUUGAAGAGAUGAGGCAUUUGAAGGAGUUGUGCGUGAAAUUGGACAGCGAAAGGGACGAUUUGCGAAGGGAAAUCAGGAGCAAAGAUGAGCAAAGGAUCGCUUUGGAGAGGAAAAUGGAUUUGUUUAGUAGGGAAAACGGCGAGCUAAAGAGAGCUCUGGACGGGGAUAAAAACAGCCAGGAGGGUUUGGAGAGGCUUUUGAACGAAGCUAGGCGAGAUCUUGCAGAUCAGCGAUUGUCGAACGAGGAAUUCCAGGGGGAAAUCGGGAGAUUGCGGGCGAAAAUCGACGAGCUGGAAGAGCGAUUAACUGGCGGUAAUUCCUGCAAAUCGUACAGCGACGAUUUCGACGCGGAGAGUCCUCAAAACGAGCGAGAUACAAACGAAAAUUGUUCGCAGGAUUCGACGCCCAAAACCUACUCGAUACCCUCCAAGCAUUCUUUAACCAGUCCCAAACAGGACGAAAGAGAAUCGAACGUUUGCAGGAUACCCAAGUGCAAAAAACCGCCGGUGCAAAUGAAGGACAAAUCGUCGAAUCCCGACGAGAAGAAACCGACUAAAAAAAUUAGCAAAAGCCCCGUUAAAUCGUUUAAUCCUCCCGAUCGCGAGAAACGUACGAAAAUACCGCAGAUUAAAAGCAAAUUCCCCGCGCGCGAUUCCAACAAAUCCAAAUCGGAGGAGGAGUUCGAUUUGCAAGAGAUCAAAAACAAAUUGCCUCCGAUACCCCAGCGAAAGGCGGCCUUCGCCUCCAGGUUGAAGCAGCCCGCGAGAGUGGCGAGAACCCCGAAACCCGUCGAAAAGAAACCACCAACUAAACCGUUGAAAAAACCCCAUAAAGAUCUCGAUAAAACGACGGUGAGUUCGUCUGUAGCUCUCGGCCCCAUCGGGGUGGUUCCCAUGAAUAGCGAUCACCCGGAUUUCAAGCCUUUGGAGCCCCAGGAGUCGGCGUCUUUCGCGGCGUUUACGGUGGAAAUUCCGAAAGAUGCUCCCAAGGAGAAGCCGAAACCAAAAUUUUUCACCUUCUCCAACGAGGGAAUCGUCCCUGUCAAGAAGAAGAGAAAUGAAAAUAUCCAGAUGGCUGGAAGCCUUCUACGAACAAAACGUCAAUUUGACAACGUUGCCUGGCAACGCUGUAUUAUCCGACGUCAACGGAGAUGGGAACUACAACCUGGUGAUAACCGAUAUGAAGUUAGAAAGAAAUCGCAGCAAAAUGAAAGUGUACAAAGGCACUUCGUCCAUCGAAAUCCCUCUACCUGA